AUGCCUGCUUGUGGUUGCCCCGAUGUGAAGCUCGAGAACGGCUCUGUCCGAGCUUGUGCUUGUACCCCUUGUGGAGCUGGAAACUUGGAUGGUUGCUCUUGCAACAAAGAAACUGGCUGUGGUUGUACCUCAAACGCCGCCGCUGGUUGUGUCUGCGGUGGUGACACUUGUUCCUGCAGCGAAUGUCCCUGCAAGACUGCGAGCAAAGGAUCUUGCUGCGCCUGA